AGCCAAAUCGAGAAGGUUCUCACCAUAAAUAUUCAGUCUCUCUUUUGUAGCUCUCACUAGCUCCGCUUUAGCUUUACUAGUUCCACCUUGUAGACAAGUACUCCUUUGUUUUAUAGCGGUCCCUGGGGAAGUUGAUUGAUGUGGGGACUGGGGCUGGCUUAGAUAAAAUAGAAGCCUACGAGGCUAUAAUACAAGCCCACCAGACCAAUAAUCAUCUCAUCAAUGGAGCCAAAUGCGAGCAAUUUGCACUCUCACUGCGUGGAGAUAACCAUGGAGGUGCAUAAGGUAGUUCCACCACCCCAUAGGAGCACCUUUCAGAAGUUCAAGACCAGGCUCAAGGAAACCUUCUUCCCGGAUGACCCUUUGCGCCAAUUCAAGGGACAGCCACCCAAGAGGAAGUGGAUACUUGGAGCUCAGUAUGUUUUUCCUAUCCUUCAAUGGGGUCCCAACUACAGUCUCAAACUCUUCAAAUCUGACAUCGUUUCUGGCCUCACCAUUGCCAGCUUAGCCAUUCCUCAGGGAAUCAGCUAUGCUAAGCUUGCUAAUCUACCUCCCAUAGUUGGCCUCUAUUCAAGCUUUGUUCCUCCUCUUGUAUAUGCGGCUCUAGGAAGCUCGAGGGAUCUCGCGGUGGGUCCGGUUUCUAUUGCUUCUCUGAUACUGGGAUCAAUGCUUAGGCAGGAAGUCUCUCCAUCCAAAGACCCAAUCUUGUUUCUUCAACUAGCCUUUUCUUCAACCUUUUUUGCUGGUGUUGUUCAAGCUUCCCUUGGAAUAUUAAGACUUGGAUUUAUUAUUGAUUUCCUUUCAAAGGCUACUCUUAUUGGAUUCAUGGCUGGAGCUGCUAUUAUAGUCUCUCUGCAACAGCUGAAAGCCCUCCUUGGCAUUACGCAUUUCACCAAACAAAUGGGUUUGGUUCCUGUUCUGGGCUCUGUGUUCCACAACACAGCUGAGUGGUCAUGGCAAACAAUAGUGAUGGGGUUCUGCUUCCUAUCGCUGCUUCUGCUGGCAAGACACGUUAGCAUGAAGAAACCAAAUCUGUUCUGGGUCUCAGCCGGAGCUCCUCUUGCUUCUGUCAUCAUCUCGACCCUAUUGGUUUUCGCAUUCAAAGCUCAACAUCAUGGCAUCAGCAUAAUUGGAAAAUUACAAGAAGGUUUAAACCCUCCCUCGUGGAACAUGUUGCAUUUCCAUGGAAGCUACCUGGGACUAGUAAUGAAAACUGGCCUUGUCACUGGCAUUAUUUCCCUUACUGAAGGUAUUGCAGUGGGAAGGACUUUUGCUGCUCUGAAGGGCUACAAAGUGGAUGGGAACAAGGAAAUGAUGGCGAUUGGGCUGAUGAACAUUGUUGGCUCCUCUACUUCCUGCUACGUCACAACAGGUGCUUUCUCUCGGUCUGCUGUGAAUCACAAUGCAGGAGCCAAAACUGCAGCCUCUAAUAUAAUAAUGGCGGUGACUGUCAUGGUGACUCUCCUCUUCCUCAUGCCUCUGUUCCAAUACACACCAAACGUAGUGCUGGGCGCGAUCAUAGUCACAGCGGUGGUGGGCCUCAUUGACCUCCCGGCUGCUUAUCAAAUUUGGAAGAUUGAUAAAUUCGAUUUCAUUGUGCUGUUAUGUGCAUUCUUGGGUGUCAUCUUUAUCUCUGUCCAACAGGGUCUUGCCAUUGCAGUAGGAAUUUCCAUUUUCAAGGUCCUCCUGCAAGUCACUAGGCCAAGAACAGGGAUGUUAGGGAAUAUACCAGGGACAGAUAUAUAUCGCAAUAUUCAUCAUUACAAGGAUGGUAUGAAAGUUCCAGGCUUCCUCAUUUUAAGCAUUGACGCUUCAAUCAACUUCGCAAACACCACUUACCUCAAUGAAAGGAUUUUGAGAUGGGUAGAAGAAUAUGAAGCACAAGAUGCAGAAGAGGAGGGGAAAAAGCACUCAUCCCUCCAAUUUGUGAUCCUAGACCUGUCAGCUGUGAGCACCAUAGACACCAGCGGAGUCUCAAUCUUUAGCGACUUGAAGAAGGCACUGGAAAAGAAGGGCCUUGAGAUGGCGUUGGUGAACCCGGUGGGUGAAGUGAUGGAAAAACUGCAGCGGUGGGAUGAAGGCCGUGACAUUCUGAGACCAGAUAGUGUUUACUUGACGGUCGGUGAGGCUGUAGCUUCCCUCUCGUCCGCCGUCAAGUGUCAACCAUCAAACCGGGCAUAGAUGGAAUGGUUCUGGCUAGGAAUCAUCAUACUAAUUCCUCCUUUCACUCUAGGCAAAAAUUAAAAUUUUCGAUUGUGUAAUGAAGCUUUCUAGUUUCCAAGUUUUUAUUUAUAUAUGGAGCACUACCAUUUGCUUGUCACAAAUUUAAAGGGAUGGAAUGGAAAUUACGGAAGUGAGUGAAUGAGCAAUGAAUUUGGUGCUACGACUUCUUAUUUA